AUGCGUCGAACUCGCACAAGACUAGAACCAGAAGACGAAAAACGCCAGAAGCCUUUCGUAUCACCGCAACAUAGACUGCUACUCUUUGAUACAAUGUCAUCUUCCAACAACAUCUUCUCCCUCUCGGGCCAGUCCCUUAAGCUCGACACUGCCGAGCACAUCGAGCCCCACCUCAAACCCUUGAUCGCCUCGAAUACAGUCACAGAAAUCCACCUUGGUGGCAACACACUCGGCGCUCCAGCCUGCGAGACUCUCGCCUCAGUGCUCAAAACGAAGAUAACACUCCAAAAAGCCAAGCUAGACGACAUAUUCACAUCGCGCCUGCUCUCUGAAAUCCCCCCAGCGCUCUCGUCCCUCCUCACGGCCCUCCUUGAGUUGCCGAACCUACAUACCGUCGAUCUUUCUGAUAAUGCUUUCGGCCUGAACACGGUGGAACCACUUGUAAAUUUUCUGUCGAAGCAUGUGCCCCUGCAACAUCUCAUAUUGCAGAACAACGGUCUGGGUCCCAACGCGGGUACCCUGAUCGCCAACGCCUUGACCGCCCUCGCCGAGCGCAAAGAAGAGGCCAGAAAGUCUGGAAAGGCGGUACCAGACUUAGAGACGGUAAUAUGCGGCCGCAAUCGGCUCGAAAGUGGCUCGAUGUCUGCGUGGGCUAAAGCAUACCGAGCGCACCGGAAGGUCAAGAUGGUCAAGAUGGUGCAAAACGGCAUUCGCCAGGAUGGGAUCAGCCUGUUAUUGACAGAAGGAUUGGUAUGGUGCCAAGAGCUUGUAGUACUGGAUUUGCAAGACAAUACUUUUACGAUUACCGGAGCCAGGUCAUUAAGUCAAGUUGUUGCGGGAUGGAAGCAGAUCAGAGAGCUGGGGAUUGGCGACUCCCUAUUAGGCAGCAGAGGUGCCGUUUUGUUCGCUGAGGCCCUAGGGAAGGGAAACAAUGGGCUGCUGGAGGUAUUGAGGUUGCAGUAUAAUGAGAUUGACUCCAAGGGGGUGAACGCCCUGCUAGUCGCGGCGAAUGAUAAGCUGGUGAAGCUGAGGAGGGUGGAGCUGAAUGGAAACAAGUUUUCGGAGGACGAUGAGCCUGUGGAAGGGUUGAGACUGCUGUUGGAGGAGCGGAAGGAGAAGGCAGGCGACGCAGAGGGGGAAUGGGGAUUGGAUGAAUUGAGCGAUCUGGAGGAGGAGAGCGAUGAGGAAGAUGAAGAUGAAGAUGAGGACGACGACGACGAAGCAGAAAGAGAGGAGCAAGAGGAAGCGGAGCACAAGAGGGAAGGUAUCUUGAAGGAUGCGGACCAAGAAGAGGCCCAGAAAGUCAGCCAGAAGAAGGAUGAUGAUGUGGACGCUCUGGCGGAUUCCUUGGGCAAGACCGAGAUCUAG